AUGUCGGGAAAACUUCGUUUGUAUAAGGAAAAGCUUGAGGGUUACAACCGGUUCUACUCGAUCGUGAAGACGAUCAAGAUGGUGACCCUUGCAAAAUAUCGGGUUGCUCAGGGUCGUGUGAAAACGCGUGAUUUCACACUGCGAUACACUGAAAAGGCGUUCAGUAAGCCCAAUGCAAAGGAGAAGGACAUAAUAGCCUCUGCAAAGGGCUCCCUGGUUUAUAUUCCGAUCACGACAAAUCGAGGUUCCUGUGGAGCACUCAACAGCAAUACUGUGCGCUGCAUUGACUCUGUGGAGUCAGACAAGAUGGUGCUGAUGCCGGUUGGUAAGCGUGGAAUUGAUUCCCUGUCCAAGCUUUACUCCAGUGAGUUCAAGUAUGGCAUUAUUAAUGACAUGAAGGAGUCAAUGCACUUUGCAUACGCAACUUAUAUCUUGGAAAAUGCCUACACGAUUGCUGAGGAUGCAGAACGCUAUCAAUUCAUUUUUCAUCGUUUUGUGUCGGCAGGUGUUCAAAAGCAUGCUGUGUAUAACAUUCCGUCGUAUGAAAAAUGGAAGGAAGAUCUCACUGACGCCGCUAGUACAGAAAACCAAAAAAACCGUUACCUGUUCGCUAACUCUCUACAGAAUGAGGAGGAGCAGUUUAUCCGAGAUUUUUAUGACUUUCAUGCAUCGCUUAUGGUUCUCAACGCUGUUGCUGAGAAUGAGCUUUCCGAGCAGGCUGCUCGGUUGGUUGCUGUUGAAGGCCAACUGACAAACAUCAGCAGCUUGAAGCAGCGAACCAGCUCACUUUACAACAAGACACGGCAGUUCGGAAUUACUGCAGCUCUUAUUGAAAUUCUCUCGGCCAUGAGCUCUCUGGAAGGAAACACCGCCAAGGGUGUUCAGUGUAAUAAGUUCUGGGAGGGAGCAAAGAUGAAGUAG